UAACAUACCGCUACAUAUUCUGCCGUCUGGGUUGAUAGAUGAACUAAGUUGACGUUAAUUUUAUAAGAGGCUGACCAUUAUUUUACGUUUAUUGAUUUUCGUUGUCUAAAGAUAAGUUAGUGUCGUUAAUUUAAAGAAAAAACGAAUUCCCAGCCAUUAUGUUUUGGUCCAUUUUCUGUACAUGCAUUCUUAUAGCACCUUUGGUUUGCGAGGCAAGAAUAUCCAAGCGAUAUGUAAUCGGUUGUCCAGAGAAAUGUGACAAGAGUUUUUGUCCACCGAUCCCCGCUGACUGCCUGGCCGGGGACAUCCUGGACCAGUGCGACUGUUGUCCGGUCUGUGCGUCCGGAGAGGGCGAGGCAUGCGGCGGUACUGGGCGGCUAGGCGACCCGGAAUGUGCUGACGGGAUGGAGUGCGUGGUAACAGACGGAGUUGAGCCUUCAGCAACUGUCCGCAGGCGGGGAAAGAGCGGCGUAUGCACGUGCAAAAGUUCGGAGCCAGUGUGCGGCAGUGACGGGGUGUCCUAUCGUAACAUUUGUGAGCUAAAGAGAGUGAGCAGCCGGGCACUGAAACUACAGCAGCCUCCGGUCAUCUUUAUACAGAGAGGAACCUGUGGUAAAGGUCAGGAGAACCCAGACAGUCUGCGUCACAAGUACAACUUCAUAGCCGACGUGGUGGAGAAGAUUGCGCCUGCUGUGGUUCAUAUUGAACUGUACCGCAAGAUGGUUUUCACCAAGCGGGAGGUGGCUGUGGCGAGUGGUUCUGGGUUUGUGGUGUCGGAGGAUGGCCUGAUUGUGACCAAUGCCCACGUGGUGGCCAAUAAGCAUCGAGUGAAGGUGGAGCUCAAGAGCGGCGCCAGCUACGACGCCAAGAUCAAAGACGUGGAUGAAAAGGCUGACAUCGCUCUGAUCAAGAUCGACCUGCCGAUGAAGCUGCCUGUGCUGCUCCUGGGCCGGUCAGCUGACCUGCGCCCCGGGGAGUUUGUGGUGGCCAUCGGCAGCCCCUUCUCCCUCCAGAACACGGUUACCACGGGGAUCGUCAGCACCACCCAGAGGGGGGGCAAGGAGCUGGGACUCCGCAACUCUGACAUGGACUACAUCCAGACUGAUGCUAUCAUUAAUUACGGCAACUCUGGAGGACCCCUGGUCAACCUGGAUGGUGAGGUGAUAGGCAUUAACACCCUCAAGGUAACAGCAGGCAUCUCCUUUGCCAUCCCCUCAGACAAGAUCCGCCAGUUCAUGGCAGAGUCUCACGACAGACAGGCUAAAGGUACAGCCUCAGGAAAAGCUGCCCCCAAAAAGAAAUACAUUGGAGUCAGAAUGAUGAGCUUAACAUCAGCACUUGCCAAGGAGCUGAAGGAGAGACAGAAGGACUUCCCUGAUGUCACGUCGGGGGCGUAUGUCAUCGAAGUCAUCCCCAAAACCCCGGCCGAGGCGGGUGGUCUGAAGGAGAGUGAUGUCAUCAUUAGCAUCAACAGCCAGCCAGUCUCCUCAGCCAGUGAUGUCAGUGCCGCCAUCAGGAAGGAUGAGUCUCUGAAGAUGGUGGUGCGGCGAGGGAACGAGGACGUCAUCCUCACCAUCGUCCCCGAGGCCAUCGACCCUUGACCUCCUACCAACCACGAGCUGGGUCUCAGUGUUUCUCAGCCAAUCAAGGACUUUCAACAAAAAAAAAUAUUUGCCAGCUGGGUGUGUGUCUGGAGCCACGCCCACUUUAGAAGCUGUAACUAGUUUGUCUCCUACUUCCUGAAAACACACCAUUCUACGGUGGCCUGAGAGGCCCAUAACUUACCUCUGGGAUCUGACAUCCUUCUAGGGAAUGACAUGCCAUAUUUUAGUCCACUGCGCUAUUCUUGUUUAUUAUUUUCUGUUCAACCUUGUCUUAAAGACUCUUCUUCUAUCGUCAGUGAAACUGACACAUCUGUUGUUGUGCUCUGUCCAGUCUCAGAUCAAACCACCUCAGUCUGUUUACAGAGAAAUGGUUGUUGGAGGUAACCGUAGUACAGUUUCAUAGUUGUUAUUUUGUUGAUACUGUGUUUUUUUAUCCUUCAGUUUAUGUUUUUGACGACAAUUUCACAAAAGGAAUAAAGGAUUUGGAAGUGUU